AUAGCUCCUCUAUGAACGCCCUUCUCACCGACUCCGUGAAUCACUUUUUCCACCUACAGCGCUGCUGCUUCACGCCGGGCCUCUCCGAAGCGGCACAGCGGCUAAAGCGGCCCCGUCCCGGGCGAGCGGGGAGAGACGAGUCGGCCUGCGGCGGGACGGCAGCCCGUCCAUGACUGGGAACUUUGUUUGAGCACUUUCUCCGGAAGUUUUCCUCCCGUUUGGAUGCGCGAUAAUGAGCCAGUGUCGCUCUGCCACUUCGAGUCUUUGCAGCCCGGUGGGGCCGCGUGCGUCCGGCCGGCCGGGCCCCGCCCGGGGGGGCACUUAUUGAUCCGCCCGGGGGUUGAUCAUCGGGACACGUGACAUGGAUCUACAGGUGGUCGUGGCGGUGCUCUACUGCCUUGUGAUGCCCACCGCGCUGCUAACAGCUUGUCUUGUUCGCUACAACAUCCUGUCACUGCUUCACUUCCUCUACCUGCUGCUGCUGCCAUUGUUCCUAAGUCCCAACCAGCACACCAUCAGAGGUCACACAGGACGGUUCAUCCGAGUGGUUUUCUGUACCAGUCUGCUAUUUGUACUGGCUCAUAUCUGCUUCCAGACACUUCUAUACACAUAUCCUCCUCUCAGCAUUGCCAUUGGUGAUAACUGUUCACAAUGGGACACCAUAAGCAGACAUAUAGGACUGUCCAGGCUUCCUCUGGAUGACCCUUGGAGUGUGUUACGCCUUCUGGUUCCUGACCUGGGUGUGUGCGUUGUUGCCUUGACAACGCUCGUCCUUUGCAGCAGAUUGGUCAGGAACAGAGAAACGGUGGCGGCUGCCAACAUUACAUCGCUUGAAGAUGAUUCAGAAGAAGAAAACACAGAUGAGGAGGAGCAUGAGGAGGAUGAAGAGAAAGAGGCAUCAGAAGAUGAAGAUGGAGAAGAAAGCUCAUUAGCUGGUGACCCUGAUGAGGACGUUUCCACAGCAACCAGAGCCAAGCAGCUGGCUGAGCGCCUGAAGACCAAAGCUCGCAAAGUGCUGCGGGACCUCUGGAAGAUGUUGGCCAUCGGCCUGCUGGCGUUGGCUGGCAUCACGCUGCCCUCGGCCUUCUCAGCCAUCUACUUCCUGCUUUUCAUUGGCGUGUGCACAUGGUGGGCGUGCCACCUUCCCAUCAGUCACUUGGGUUUCAACGCACUGUGUGUGAUGGUGGGCUUCUUCACGGCUGGUCACAUGGUUUGUCUGUAUGUGUACCAGAGUCUGCUGGUCCAGGCCCUGUUCCCCCCACGCAGCCUGUGGGCCAGACUCUUUGGUCUGAAGGACAUCAUCAUUCCAGGAAACUGCUCUUCACCCUAUGACCUUAAUCUUAAUGCUGAUCACGAUUGGCCAGUUUACGUCAACCCGGGAAUCCUGUUCCUCCUCUAUAUCACCAUAGUAACAGUUCUCAAGACGGGGUGCCGUGAAACACCCAACCAGCGGGGGAAGCAGCAGGACAAGAUAGAAGAUGAGGAGAUGCUGGAGUUAAGGUCAUUGAGUCCACAGGAAAAGGAUUAUGAAGAUGACACAGAGCUCAUGCUUCUGUCCACGGCUGCAGAAACGGCUGGAGGGAAGGAGCCAGAUCUGGAUGCUAGUGGCCCUCCCAGUGCUCCCAGUGGCCCUCCCAGUGCUCCCAGUGGCCCUCCCAGUGGCCCCCAGCAGAGCGAAAGCCCUUUUUUCCUGCUGGGAAAGGUGGUCAUGCAGCAGAGCUACGUCUGUGCUCUCAUAGCCAUGAUGGUUUGGAGCAUCACAUACCACAGCUGGCUGACCUUUGUGCUGCUGUUGUGGGCGUGUCUCAUCUGGAUGCUGCGGGCCAGGCGGCACGCAGCCACCCUGUGCUCUCCGUUCAUCCUGCUCUACGGCCUGGCUCUGUGCUGCCUGCAGUACGUCUGGGCCAUGGAGCUCCGGCCCGAGCUUCCCACCACCGUGGGCACCAUGAGUCUGAGACAACUGGGACUGGACAGAGCCCAACACCCCUGUUUGAGACUGGGAGCUAUGCUCCUGUUUACUUUGACCUUCUGGCUUUUAGUGCGUCAGUCAGUGAAGGAAAACUUCAGCAGGAAGAGGAAAAUGAACACACCACUGCAGGAGGUCACCACAGGAGGGGGGGCUGGUGAGGAGUCGGUGCUGAAGGUCCUAGGAGGCAUGGUGAUGGGCUGUUGGGCAAAAUACUGGAUCUAUGUGUGCGGAGGGAUGUUCAUCAUGGUCUCCUUUGCUGGAAAGCUUGUUGGAUACAAAAUCGUCUACAUGCUGCUGUUCUUGAUCUGCCUGUGUCUGUAUCAGGUGUACUAUUCUCUGUGGAGACGUCUGCUGAAGCUCUUCUGGUGGCUCGUGGUGGCCUACACCAUGCUGGUGCUGAUAUCCAUCUACACCUUCCAGUUCGAAGACUUCCCUGGAUACUGGAGGAACUUCACUGGUUUCACCGAGGAGCAGUUGGCAGCGGUGGGCCUGGAGACGUUUGCUCUGUCUGAACUCUUCAGCAGCAUUCUGAUCCCCGGCUUCUUCCUGUUGGCCUGUAUUCUGCAGCUGCACUAUUUCCACAAACCCUUCAUGAGAAUCACGGACCUGGAGCAUGUGACACCGAUACACAAGAACAAACCCGACGGUGGAACCGAGCCGCCGGUGGGCCUGAGCCGUGAAGAGGGCGCCCGGGGGGCCGGCGGUGACGAGGAAUCUGAAGACGAAGCGGAGUUGCUGCCCAGUAAGUGGGGGCUGGUGAUGGACAGGCUGCUGGUUCUGUCCAGUAGGUUUUCUGACAUUCUCACAAAAGUCCAAGUGUUUCUCUGGAGGCUUCUGGAGCUCCACAUCCUCAAGAUGGUGGCCUUCUUCUCUGUGUGGGUUUCACUCCAAGAGCCAUCCGUGAUGAACCUGGUCCUGGUGGUGUUGUGGUCUCUGGCGAUGCCCUACAGUCGCUUCGGCCACAUGGCUUCCUGUUUGUCAACAGUCUGGGUGUGCGUCAUCAUCGUGUGCAAGAUGCUGUACCAGCUCAGCGUUGUCAACCCCGCUGAGUACUCCAGUAACUGCAGCCUGCCUUUAACAAAUGAAACCAACCUGCUACCAGAAGAGAUGAUGAACUCCUCUCUGUAUGAGGAGCCAGUGGACCCAGCCAAAUGGUUUGGCAUCAGGAAAGAUGCCACGGCACUGGGAUACAGCAAGAAUCAUUUAAUAGUGCUGAUGUUGUUGGUGUUUGAGGCGACAGUGUACCGCCACCAGUCUCACCACUACCGGCAGCUCCAACGGUCCCCCCCCACCAUCCCUGCUCUGUUCCCUGCUGCCACCAGGGACACUCUGGACCAGGGUCUCAUAUCCUGCUUCAAGUACCUACUCAACUACACCUUCUACAAGUUUGGAUUGGAGAUUUGCUUCCUGAUGACGGUGAAUGUGAUUGGCCAGCGGAUGAACUUCCUGGUUAUAAUCCAUGGCUGUUGGUUGGUAGCCAUCUUGGUGAGGCGGCGGCGGGCAGCCAUUGCCAGGAUCUGGCCCAGAUAUUGUCUCUUUCUGUCCAUCUUCAUGAUGUACCAGUAUCUUCUAUGUGUGGGCAUACCGCCAGCUCUCUGCAUAGACUACCCGUGGCGUUGGAACACUCCAGUGUUGAUUAACUCAGCUCUCGUUAAAUGGAUCUUCCUGCCUGACUUCUACACUGUGCCCAACUCCAAAAACCUCAUAGCGGACUUUGUGCUGCUGAUGUGUGCGUCCCAGCAGUGGAAGGUGUUUGAGUGUGAGCAGACUGAGGACUGGAUGGUUCUCGCAGGAGAGAACACAGAUGACCCUGAACCAAUGAAAGGUCAACCAUUUAACCCCGCCCCCAACUUCAUCAACUGCAGGAGUUACCUGGAUAUGGCCAAAGUUUUGGUGUUUCGUCACCUCUUCUGGUUCGUCCUGUCGGUGGUCUUCAUCACUGGCGCCACGAGGAUCUCUGUGUUUGGAUUGGGCUACCUGCUCGCUUGCUUCUUUUUUCUGCUGUUUGGGACCCGGCUUUUGGUGAAAUCAUCCAGAACCCGCCUCGCCUUGUGGGACUGUCUGAUCAUGUACAACGUGGCAGUCAUUGUAUCUAAAAAUAUGUUAUCCAUCCUGGCAUGUGUGUUUGUGUUUGAGAUGCAAAAGGGCUUCUGUUGGGUAAUUCAACUCUUCAGCCUGGUCUGCACGGUCAAAGGAUACUAUGACCCGAAAGCAGUGAGUGACAACACCUGCAGCCUCCCGGUAGAAGAGGCUGGGAUCAUCUGGGACAGUAUCUGUUUUCUCUGCUUGUUGCUGCAGAGGAGGGUCUUCCUCAGUUUCUACUUCCUGCAUGUGAUAGCAGAGAUGCAAGCUUCUGCCCAACAGGCCUCCAGGGGCUUUGAGCUCUUCAGAGCCAGCAUUGUGAAGAACAUUAAAUUCCACCAACAAGCUGAGAGGAAAUCUCUGUCACAGCUCAAGAGAUCGAUGCAACGAAUUCGCGCCAAGCAGCAGAAGUACAGGGAUGGACACAAAACCAGUGAGGAUUCUAAUGAGAGUCACAAUGCAGAUACCCAGAGACACCAGAAGAGUUCCAGGAAGGAAAAUUGGUCCCGGCCUUGGUUGGACCAUGCUACGGUGCUGCACUCCGGAGAGUACUACCUGUUUGAGUCAGACAGUGAAGACGAAGAGGACACUGAUGAACAGAAGCCUCAAAAACAGACUGCCUGUGAGUUGGCGUACCUAGCGUGGGUUACCAGUGUGAAAACAGCUUUAAAGGAACGUCAGAGACACCAACGACACUUGAAGAGUAUUGAGAGAAAAGAGAAAGAGAAAGAGAAACAAGGAAGAGUGGAUUUACAACAGGAGGUCUUUUCUGCAGCAGGAUGUGGUGAUAAUGGUGCAUUUGAGGACACUGGCCUUAAGGAAGAGGAGCCAGAAGAGAAGGAGUCCAGUCACGGUGAAAUGGUUCAGAGGAUCUUGGAUAUCCUGCGUUUCUUAUGGGCCAUCGUUCUGGCCAUGGUGGAUGGACUGACUCAGUGGCUCAACCUGCUGACUAGACAGUACAGAGAGACGUCUACGGUUCUGUGCAACGAGCGCUACUUCGUCGUACACAAGAUAAAGCAGCACGAUACCACGGGAGACUUCACGGAAGACCAGGUGUCUCAGGGCAGUGAGAGCACCACGCUGGAGACUUGUUUGGAUGAGACUGAUGAGACAGACUCCAGACACAGCUGCCUCGAGGUGGAUAGCCGUGGCGUGGCAGACCGGUCCCCCCCCAGGCAAACGCUCAACAGCACUGAGAGCCUCUUGCUUCCAGAACCCCCAUCCAGUAGCAUGGAGCUUGUACCUCCGCCCUCCAAACAGCAACACAGACAGUCCAGAACAGCCAGUGAGCUGCUGGGAGAAAGGCAGUUCUUCAUUAAGGAGCUGGAACAAAGCAGAGAGUUCUAUAAGAACCAGAACCGUCUGCUGAAACUGCUGUUUGCCCUUCACGACCUGCUGGCAGCCAACUCAGAGCUGGUCUGCUAUUUCAUCAUCGUGGUCAACAACGGGGUCAGUGCCUCUGUGAUCUCACUGGUCCUCCCCAUCCUGGUGUUCCUAUGGGCCAUGUUGGCCGUUCCAAGACCAACCAAGAGGUUUUGGAUGACUGCUAUAGUUUACACAGAGGUGAUGGUGGUGGUGAAAUACCUUUUCCAGUUUGGAUUUUUUCCUUGGAACAGUGUUUAUGAGAUGACUUUAAAUGAAGACAAGCCUUUCUUCCCACCUCGCAUCCUCGGCCUGGAGAAGACCGACAAUUACAUCAGAUAUGAUCUUCUUCAAUUGCUGGCUCUGUUCUUCCACAGAUCCCUUCUCAUGCGUUAUGGCCUGUGGGACCACGAGGGGCCCCUGAAGGAGCAGAGCCCCUCACCAGAAAGUUGUAAGGAUGAAGAAACAAAGAGGGAAGCAGAUGAAGAGGGAAGGAAGAAGGAGGGUAGAGGACAAGAGGGGGAGGGCAGAGUUAGCUCAACAUCUACCCUGGAUAACCUGGAAAUCACUGAACUGGACCCAUUUGAAAAGGACAAUGUGGACAAUGUGGAACCCAGUACCAGCUCUGCUGCUGCAACCACCCCAGCGAACCCUACUGAGCGAGCAGCCGCUGGGUCAGAUGUGCCUCAGAGGGCGUCUUGGCUUAAGGGCGGGUCGGACUCCCCCAGGAGGCGGAGGGAGGGUCACGUGCUGGGAGACAAUGAGCAGGUGGUCCAGGAGGUCCCAAAGAAAAGCAGCAGUAUUCGCUUCCGCCACAAACUUAAAAAAGCCAAACGACCAGUCAGCAAAGCGGAGCCCCCAGUUGAGACUGCAGACCCCAGUGGAGCAGAACCUGUGACGAAGAAGCAGAAGGGCCGCAGGAGCGAGGCAGCCAGUCGGAGAUUGCAGGCAGCAGGACACAAGUUAAAACAAGUCUUCCUCUCUGGUAUCCAGAGUGUGUACAGGCCAACGCGGGGAUUCUUCAUGGGCAUUCUGCAUGCUGAGCAUCGGGCUGCCACAGACGUCUAUGCACUCAUGUUCCUCACUGACGUCGUUGACUUCGUCAUCAUCGUGUUUGGCUUCUGGGCGUUUGGGAAACACAGUGCAGCAGCAGACAUAGCCUCCACCCUGUCAGAGGACCAGGUCCCUGAGGCCUUCCUGGUGAUGCUGCUCAUUCAGUUCAGCACCAUGAUCAUCGACAGAGCCCUGUAUCUGCGCAAGGCCGUGUUGGGAAAACUCAUCUUCCAGGUGAUUCUGGUGUUUGGGAUUCACUUCUGGAUGUUCUUCAUCUUGCCUGCCGUCACGGAGAGGAAGUUCAAUCAGAAUUUUGUGGCCCAGCUCUGGUACUUUGUCAAGUGCAUUUACUUCGGCCUGUCGGCCUAUCAGAUCCGCUGUGCAUACCCCACUCGUAUCCUCGGCAACUUCCUCACCAAGAAAUACAACCACCUCAACCUGUUCCUCUUCCAAGGCUUCCGUAUGGUGCCGUUCCUGGUGGAGCUGCGAGCGGUGAUGGAUUGGGUUUGGACGGACACCACUCUCUCUCUGUCAGACUGGAUGUGUGUGGAGGACAUUUACGCCAACAUCUUCAUCAUAAAGUGCAGCCGUGAGACAGAGAAGAAAUACCCACAGCCCAAAGGACAGAAGAAGAAGAAGAUAGUGAAAUAUGGCAUGGGUGGACUCAUCAUCGUCUUCUUGAUCUGCAUCAUCUGGUUCCCCCUUCUCUUCAUUUCAUUGGUCCGUUCAGUUGUGGGUGUGGUCAACCACCCCAUUGACGUCACCGUAACCGUCAAGCUGGGAGGAUAUGAGUCCCUGUUUACCAUGAGUGUGCAGCAGCAGUCCAUCCAGCCCUUUACACAGGUCGAAUAUGACCAACUCACCGGGAAGUUUGGAGACAACGCGGUGGCCAUGCAGUUCAUCACUCUCUACAGUUAUGAGGAUAUCGUGACGGCCAUGAUUGAAGGAAGUUCUGGAUCUGUGUGGAGGAUCAGCCCUCCCAGCAGACAGGAAGUCAUUAAGGAACUACUUGGAAGUCCUGUUGACCUGACGCUACGGCUGGCCUGGACCUUCCAGAGAGACCUAGGUAAAGGAGGGACGGUGGAACACACCUUUGACAAACACUCCAUAGACCUGGAACCUGGAAACCCCGUGCGAGCAGAUCUGGCCUCUCUCCUGGUUGGGAAUCGUACCCGUCCCGUGCUCAUUCCUAACAUGCUCCCUAACUACAUCCGUGCCCCCAAUGGAGCUGAGGCCAAACCAGUCACUCAACUUUACAAAGGUAAUGAAGACGGCUACCUGAAUAUAACCCUGUCCCUGAAGAACGACGGCUCCCUCAAUGGAAGUGCGAACCAGGAGUGGUGGGACAUUGCCAUCGCCGGCUGUGCGUCCUCCUCGUGUGGGGUUUUACCCAUAGUCAUAUUCAAUGACAAAGUCAGUCCACCAAGCCUAGGCUUCUUGGCUGGAUAUGGGAUCAUGGGUCUCUACGUGUCUGUGGUCUUGGUCAUUGGCAAGUUUGUGCGUGGCUUCUUCAGUGAGAUCUCCCAUUCCAUCAUGUUUGAGGAGCUGCCCUGUGUGGACCGCAUCCUGAAGCUCUGCACGGACAUCUUUCUGGUGCGUGAGACAGGAGAGCUGGAACUAGAAGAGGAACUUUACUCCAAACUGAUCUUCCUCUACCGAUCUCCAGAGACUAUGAUCAAAUGGACCCGGGACAUGCGCAGCCGAGACCACGCGGACUGACCGACCCACCGCCGCCGUUGGGUCGUGAUACCAAACAGUGAUGCUCAAGACAAGCAGGCAGGCUUCUAGAGGACACACUCCUUUCUAGACGUGACUUUGUCUUACAGAGACUACCGAAAGGGAGACGCACGCUAAUAGAGGCACCGUGGGAAACAUCCAUUGCUGUUCUUCACAGCUGACUGAGCACUUUCAUGAAACCGCCUCACUCAUUGAGAGAGCCGUUCCACGGGGGACUGGAUGUACAGCAGCUGGAUGUCUAUCCUGGACGACUUGGAUAUAUUUUCCAUGGAAGAUACGAUUAAUCAAAUCAAGCUGUGCUAAUGGUAAUGUUCAAAGGUCAAGACAAUCCUGACCUCCAUUUUUUUUUUUUGGAGGCACCCAAGUGGAGCGACUGUGGCUAAAGCCUGAAAUAAAAUCUAGGACGAAUCAUACGCAAUCACUGUCCCGCCAGGCAAUUCAUUUUAAAAUAAACCGUGCUGUCAACCUUACAUGAGUCCUUAACGCAGCAGCCGGGUCCUUCUUGUUAUUCCUUUUAUUAUCGCAGCACACCAGAGAGUAUUUCACAUUUUCCUGUUCCUGAUAAUUUAUGAAGGCCGUUAGAAUCUUUUUUGAAAUCAUGAAUUUUAUAAAAGCAACUUAUCGGCAAUCUUUAUUUAAUUUUACUCUCUGAACCGAUGUGCCUUAAAGCGGCUCCACGUGGUUUUAUUUCCUUUGCAAAAUUCUGAUUUUGGAAUAAUCAAAAGCAGCUUUUCUCAGCCAAAGGAAUAUAAUUGUAUGCGGCAUAUACACUACACUCAAAGAAAUGUUUGUCACUAUUGUGUUGGCUCACAGAUCUGGUGAUCCUAGAGACGAUAUAAAUAAAUGAAUAAAACUCAUUGUCUUAAAAUAAA